UCACCUUGAGCUGUGAAAUACGAACUGAAUCCAUAAAAGUAUUACCUUUAUUUUCCACAAUGUACACUUUUAUAUGUAUAUUUAUUCGAAACACUAAGCAAGAAACGCGCAACAUUUGUGCAUCACUAAUUAAACGCGCAGUUUGUCCUUGUAUUACGCUGUUGAGAAUUCAUUGGGUGCUGAACAUCCACAUUAUGAGAGUUACAGAUGGUGUUUGGAAAUAUCAAGCUCAUAUGAGAGUGCUACAGUGAUUCGUUCCGCAUGUAAACUCAGAAGUAGAUCCCCAUCGACCUUUUCAGCAUUGGUAUAAAGGAAACAACCGCAGAAGUAAACCGAACUAUCUCAUUUUAAAUCAGACACAGAUGCUUCGAUGGAGGACUUGUACCAGCAAGCACUUUCGUUGGUCCAGCCCGGUAGCUCAAGGGCUGAUUUUGUGCACUUUAACCUUUGGAGUGAUACUACCUAUAUGCUGCCAUCGUCUACUUUACUCUUACUAUUUUUUAAAACCUCUAUAUCUUGAUUCGCUGAGCAAUGCGGCACUACAAGAAAGCUACGAAAGAGGCCAGGAGGCUCUGCGCUUUUGGGAAAAUGCUGCCUCUACGAAAACCACUAAUGAUGCAUUGGAAAUGAUCAUUAAGAAACCAGAUCUCCUGGUGACCGUAGUGACAACCAGAAGAUCAGAGGGCAAGGACUAUCACUACCUAUUACAGGUGGCUCAACAGCUGAAAACACUCCUUAAAACGUGUGGAAAUAAAGCAUGCGCUGAGGUCAUGCUAUGUGAUGUCGAAAGAGGUCCUGCUUUAAAUGAGGAUGCUUUGCUUUUGGAGAAAGAGUUUUUGGUUGUUCGGCGUUCUCCAGAUGAGCUAUUGCAGGGCAGAGAAGUUUCCGACAUAUUUGAGAGGGAAAAACAAGAUUACGUUUUCUGCCUACGCAAAGGAUGGGACAUGAUGAAGCCAAAAAACGUUGUCGUCCUAGAGGAUGACGCGUUUCCAUUGACCAAUUUUUUUCCGUCAGUCAAAAAUUUACUCUCACGGAAAUUCGCCUUUAAUUCUUUAUACAUAAAGCUCUACCAUCCAGAGCGUCUGCAGAGAUACUGGAACCCAGAGCCAUAUCGCAUCCUAGAAUGGAUCGGUCUUGGUGUUUUCGGGGCUACAAUCCUCCUCCUUUUGUUGUUACACUGCACGCCUCUUUCUUUUACCUUCUCGCCCGCUCAUUUUCUCUUUCUAGCUCUCUAUAUAAUGGUCGUGGCUGAGCUUGCAGGACGGCAUUAUCUCCUGGAGUUCAGACGGCUCUCACCGCAGUUGUAUGCUGUGUGUCCUGCCACCGAAUGCUGCACCCCUGCUAUGCUUUAUCCAGGAAAUGCCUCCAUUCGGGUUGCCGAAUACCUGGACCAGGCUGUCUGCGCUCAGGGUAAUGCAAAAGACAUGGUGCUCUAUAGGAUAGCCAGAUCGACGCCAGGGGAAAAGGCGCACAGCGUAGAACCCAAUCUCAUUAAGCAUAUUGGUGCUUACUCCUCCGUCAGGACCAACCCGAAUCCUCCGAGAUUAAUUUGACAUCAGAGUGUUAUUGUCUUAUUGCAGUUGGGUAUGAAUCACAUUUCUAGUUCUAUUUUAAACACAUGCUCACAUAGGAGUUAAGUGUAAUGACAGAAAUCGUAUGCACUAAUUCGGUGUUUCCCAACCAUGUUUCAGGAGGACCACCAACACUGCAUGUUUUUUUGAAGUCUCCUUUGUCUGUCGCACCCAUUACAGGUCUUUCAGUCUCCGCUAAUGAGCUGAUGAUUUGAAUCAGGUGUGUUUAUUUAAGGAGAUAUGGAAAGUGUGCAGAGCUGGUGGUCCUCCGGGAACGUGGUUGAGAAACCCUGCACUGAACAAUGAACUAUGAAUUUUCAGAUUUAUAUAAGAUUUAGAUAUGCGACUCCUUGUAUGCUGCAACUCCAGACACAGAUGUUUUAACAUUAUGACAAUUUUUAAAAAAAGAUUUCUAUCUGACUUAAAAUGUGAAGUUUAGCUUUAACUUGCUUCAAAACACCUGCAGCAAGUUUCUAGUAUAGCUAGUAAGAGCUUGAUCAGCUGGUUCAGGUGUUUGAUUAGGGUUGGAGCUAAACUCUUCAGAACACCGGCCCUCCAGGACCGAGUUUGGACACCCCUUCUUUAGAGUUUGAUAUAUUUUAUAUUGAAUUUAUUUUAUUACUAUAAUUUUUAUCUUCAUCAACUGCAGGAAUUAAAAUCAACUUCAUUAGUGAAUUUCAUGGUUUCUUUUGAUAUGCCAUGCCAGGGCUGAAAGAUGAUCUCAAAGUUCACCCAGAUAUAAAAAUCUGUUGUUAAAGGGAUAGUACACUCAAAAAUGAAUAUGUUCUCAUUAUUUACUCACAUUCAAGUGAUUCCAGAGUUUCUUUUUUUUUUUUUUGAACAAACAAGAAAAAAUUUGGAAGAAUAUUAGAAACUAGUAACUUUUGACUUUUAAUGAAGGAAAAACACUAUGGAAGUCAAAGGUUUCCGAUUUCCAACAUUUUUCAGAAUAUCUUCUUUUGUGUGAAGAAAAAAGAUUUGUGAAAAUGUUUUUGUUUUUUUUCUGGAGCCAGCAGCUACCAGCACUUUAAGAGCCAAAAAACUAUAUUCAGGCAAAACAAAAUUAACACUCUGUAGUUUCUGAUAAUAUAAUGAAAUUUUAUGUAGUUAAUUGAUUGAUGACAUUAUUUACAACAUAAUUACCUUCAAAUUACUGCCCCGACAAACAAUCCUGUCGCGUAAUGAUGGAUACUUUGACACAAACUCAGAUGUGAGCUGACAAUAUUAUAUUAAAGCUAACAAAAUUGUGAAUAUGUCGGCAAAACACAAAGUUCUACUUAAAUGGGUCAAACUACAGAUUUUAUUUUUGUUUUACCUUUCUAGCAGUAGUCUCAAACUCAGUUCUUGGAGGGCAGCAACUCUGCAUAGUUUAUCUCCAACCAUCUCCAGACCUGCUUAAUAGUCUCUAGUAGUCUUGAACACCUUAGUUGGAUCAGAGGUGUUUGAUUAGAGUUGAAGCAAAACUUUGCAGAGCUGCGGCCCUCCAGAAAUUGAGUUUGAGACCUAUGCUUUACAGCCUGCAGUUUGUUUUUUACUCAGAAUAUGUCACUAGCUUGCAUUUUAUGAAUCUCCAGGACCCCAGUUUCACUUAAAAUAUUUGAGUUAUAAAAGUAUAUCUUGCUAGACUUGAGGUCAAGUAAAUAAAUAGCUAAUUUUAUUUCUGGGUGAUCUAUCUUUUUAACUUUCAAAAAAAAGAUCAAUCCUAUUUUGUCUGUCACAUUAACAUUUAGGAUGCUGAUUGUCUUUUAAACCUAAAAUUAACAUUUGUCAAUUUACAAUGCUUAAUCCACACAAAUAGAUGUUUGCAUCAAAAGGGAAAUCGUAAGAUUAUGAAAAAUUAUUAACAAAAUUGAUUUAUUUCCACAGAUUUGCAGUGACUUUUCAAUCUAUGGCGUUUAUAGAAAUCACUUUUGGUAUGAAAUAAAUAUAUACAGUUUUAC